UAUUAGCGAUGCGUCGAGUCACAAACAAGCGCAGUAAAACCAUUGCGAAAGAACGUAGAAAUUGAAGGUUCCGUCUAACAUAUAACGAAUAUAUCUUUUCUAUGAUUAUACAAAACUUUCUUAUUUUUUUUUUAAUAUUGAAUAUUUAUAAUUUAUUUUAUUAUUAAAAAAUAUUUAAUAAUUAUAUUUUUUUUUUAAAUUAUCUCGUGUUGAAAAUUGAUAAUGUAAUAAUGUAAUGUAUUAUACACUACGUUACAGUGCGGCGAUUGUUGUCGAGUCGGAUUGCUUCAAUUAUCAUGCCGAAUAUUAGACUGACUGACCUUGGAAGUUGUAUUUCACACCUAUGGUCAUUGUGUUAGGGUUCGUUAUUAAUUUAAUAGAACAUUCAUUGGCACGUCUGCUCUGCGUAAACAAAUAUUUAUAUUAGAAUUUACUGCCAAUUUAACAAAUGAACACAUACGGUUCAUGGUGUUUCUUCAUUGCCACAACGCGUUUUGAUCGAAUAGCAUGUCAGCUACGACACAGUUUCGCUAUGUGGUUAUUCGGCGAGUGUCACAACGCGUUGGGAACUGUUUUUUUGCGCAAUGAGCGAUUUCGAUCUUUGAGCGUAACAUAUAUAGGUAUCUUUUAUAAAUACAAAUUCGUUUGUUUAAAAAAUGAGUAAGAAUCUAAAUCGUGCGCAGUCGAUCGACAUAUCCGAAGACAACGCGUCGGUGGAAAGCGACCAGAAGGUGAAGAGGCCGGCGGCGAGGGAGAGAAGGGGCAGCGAGGGCGGGGCGAGUGCGGUGGGCGGGGCGAGUGGGCCGGGCGGGGAGGGGGCGUGGCGCGCGACGGGCGAGUGGGUGGCGGCGUGGCGCGGCAAGUUGCCGCUGCAGACCAUCAUGCGGCUGCUGCAAGUGCUCGUGCCGCAGGUCGAGAAGAUCUGCAUCGACAAGGGCCUAACGGACGAGUCUGAGAUCCUGCGGUUCCUGCAGCACGGCACGCUGGUGGGGCUGCUGCCGGUCCCCCAUCCCAUCCUGAUCCGCAAGUACCAGGCCAACCAGGGCACGGCCGCCUGGUUCCGCACCUACAUGUGGGGCGUCAUAUAUAUACGUAACGUGGACCCGCCCAUCUGGUACGACACGGACGUGAAACUAUUCGAGAUACAGCGAGUCUGAUAGAGCACGCUCAUAGACCAUCAUUUAAGUCAAUGGUUCUAACCUAACCUAUCCUCUGUGUGAUAAUACGGCAUUCUACUCUGAUUGAAAAAGUACUUGUAAGUGUUUAUUUUUAUUUAUAUAAGCCACAACAUAAAUAUUUCGGAAAAAUAAACAUAUUUUCCUUUUUUGGUUAAAACUGCUAUUCAGUGGUGGUAACAAUGAAUCUGAUAAUUAAGAUUAAAUUUGAGUAAAGAAUAAUAAAGCCAUCUCAGUGUGGAGCAUGAUUUUAAGACGUGCUUUAAGUGACACAAAACCUAACAUUAAAAACCGGUCAAUGCGAAGCGAUAGUAACCAUC